GCAUAAAGCUCUCGCGUGAGAUAAACUCUCACAACUGCCCAACACUGCUGCCCAACACUGUUCAUUGGCGUUAACUGAUGAGUGUCGUUACUGUUUCUAUACCUUUCUAUAAUUGUUUGUUGCAAAGGUCGAAGUUUAUGUACGAAUAGUAAUGAAACAUUACAGUAAUUAUAAAAUGAUAUGUUCAAAUACGUGAUACCUUAACCUAAUUUGAACAUCUUGAUGUAAUAAUCGUUAAUUAAUGCACACACAUUUUCUCUGUCAUUUGUGUGGUAUGUGUAUACUUACGAAAUGUAGCAACUUUACAAGUUAUCAAAUUGUGGUUUUAUGUUCACUAAUUACGUUAUUGUAUUAUGACUGACAUGGAACAGUCAGAGAAUUCAUAUGAUAAGAAGCGCAGUACUUGUUAUGCCUUAUAUUUUGCAUUUAAAACUCUGAACGAACGUUGCCAACAAUUAGAAACAAGAUUAGCCACAGUUGAGGAGGAGAAUAAGUGUUUAAGACUUAAAUGUGGAAAAGAUGAGUGUGCCGCAAUCACAAAAGUUAAUGACAGUGAUGAGAAUACAAUUGUACAAACCCUAAAGGAAAAGGUAGAGGAGCUUACAAAACAGAAAUCUCAGCUUACUCAUCAAAUUGUUAUGGUAGCAGCAGAAAAUCGUCAAUUAUGGAACAGGUUAACAAAAUUAACGAGGACUAAUAAAUCUUUAGGAAACCAGUUAACAAACAUCUCUGAUACAUUAAAACAACAUUCUCCAGCACAACCAUCAGAAAUUGUUUCAUAUAAUUUUCGUGAUCUUUCCAAACAAGAAGAUAAUCAGCAGUGUGCAUUAAAUACAAACAAUGAUGAGAAGGAACAAAGUUUAGAAGAAAUAUCCCUUCGGCUUAUAAAUAGUAUUAUGUUAGAGAAAUCUGACCUUGAACAACAAUAUGCAGAGAUGGUUGAAUUACAAAACAGUAGUGAAUUAAACUUGCAACAUAUUGGUUUUACUUAUCCAGAGGAUUCAGAUACAGAAUUAGAAUUGUUAAAACAACAUGAUAUUAGAUUGUCACAAAUGAAAAAUACUUUAUUAACACAGCAAACCAAAUUAAAAAGAGCAUUACAGAACUUAAAGAAGAAAGAAGGUGUAAUGUGCAAUAAUUGUCGCACUAACGCAAAUAAAAAGAUGUGUCAGGCAAGUACGCAAUUUGAUUUUAAGGAGAGUAUUAAAGAACAUGGCGCGACUCAAACCAGCCUUCAAGAUUCGAGUCUGUCCUUAGAUAAAAGUUCUAAUUCAACAGAUAAUGCCGAACAGGACAAAAAAAUUUGUCCCUUGUGUGGUUCAUUUUUUGGGAAAGCAUUAUUUGCAGAAUUUCAUGAGCACGUUUUAGGUCACUUUGAAAACAAAAAUUUACAGUGGUGUGGAUAAUUACAAUUUCAGAAACAUUCAGAGGUUCGAUAUUCUAAUAAGCCAUGGAAGUAAUGUACAUAUUAAUAAUUUGUCAAUAACAACAAAAAUCAUCAGGCCCGUCCAGGUUGAAUUAUUUUUCGUUGCUGAAUAUGGCAUACUCCCAUAUUAUUGUAUGACGAAUUUGUCUACGAAUAUCAAAUGUGACGUUUAACGUUUAAUGUACCUGUCUCUUAUCAACUUGCGUUCGUGUUAAAUUAAACAUUGCAUAUUGAGAGCGCUCUACUGUUUACGACGAUAAAGUUCAUGUUUGUAAUAAUUCUCUUAAUAUAGAGCUUAGCAGAAAUUUGAAAAUUGUUUUGAAGUAGGGAUAUGCGGGUCCGUCCGAGUCAAGUUGGGAAAAAUUCGGAAAAGGUGAGUGACAAGAAUCCAAAGGAAAAUUGGAACGUUUGGAAAUUACAGAUACGGAUUCUUGCCCGAUUCCACCCGAAUUCUUCCGAAGCUGUGUACCCGACAUAUCGCGCCACUGUAUUUAAAAACUAAUUCACACUGCUGUAUCUGUAGACGGUUUUUAUUUUAUUUACUGAUAGUUGUUUGAAAUGCGGAUUAUGGAAACUGAUAGUACCUUUAAUUUUUCAAUAAUUUUAUAUAUUAUAUUUCAAUUUCCUUGAAAGUUAGCCGUCGUUAUUCCCACCAAUUCUUAAAAACUGGAGUCGUUUCGAAUGGUGGUCAACUAUUAAGGAAAUUGUAUUUUGAAAGUAGAAGGUAAAUGUAAAUACUUGGUAUAUUUUCUGAAGUAUGUUAAUCAUAACAAGAUUAGAAAUGUUUUUGAUUAUUGAAUUUUAUGAGCUAUUGAUCCAUAAAAAAUUUAAUAGAUUUAAUUAAAUAUCGCGUAUAAAGUUAUACUGCAAUGGAUCAUUAUAUAAAUAAUGAUGGACGUGAUUGUUAUCACUGUGGUAUUUAUUUUUCAUGAGC